CUGCGAGAAUAAAAUAUCUGCCACUUUUAUGGAACGGGUAGCAAUUUAUCACACUAUUGACAACAACUUGUUGACUUAAUCACAAAAAUAUUAUCCACACGUUUGUGCACUAAUAGAGUAAAGUACUAUGGAUUGUUACAAAAUUGUACUAGUGACCAUAGUUUCAUUUAUGCUUUUGGUUCAAAAUACCAAAGAAUGGGGAGAAGAUGGGCAUGUCAUUGUUUGUAAGAUUGCUCAGGCUCGACUUAGCGACGCAGCUGCAAAGGCUGUGAAAAAAUUGCUGCCAGAAUCUGCAAAUAAUGAUUUAUCUAGCAAGUGUUCAUGGGCAGAUCAUGUGAGGUUUAUCUAUCCUUGGUCGUCUGCUUUGCACUUUGCUGAUACUCCUGACUCUGUUUGCAGUUACAAUAACAAAAGGGAUUGUAAAGAUCAGAAAACUGGAAUUAAGGGGCGAUGUGUUGUGGGGGCUAUUACAAAUUACACCAACCAGCUCCUCGAUUAUGGCAGUGCCAUAAAACCUAAAUAUAACCUUACCCAAGCCCUUUAUUUCCUUUCACAUUUUAUGGGAGACAUUCAUCAGCCUCUACAUUGUGGCUUUGUCUCAGACAAAGGAGGCAAUGAAAUAACUGUUCAUUGGUACACAAGAAAGCAAAAUCUUCACCAUGUUUGGGAUGUUAGUAUAAUUGAGACAGAACUUGAAAGAUUCUAUGACUCAGAGCUAGGCGAGUUCAUUGAUGCAAUUCAACAGAAUAUUACGAAAGUAUGGGCUAAAGAAGUCGAAGAAUGGGAGAACUGCAGUUUGGAUAACAUCGCAUGCCCAUCCAUAUAUGCUUCUGAGAGUAGCGUAGACGCCUGUAAAUGGGCAUAUAAAGAUGCAUCUGAAGGGUCAACCCUCAAAGAUGAUUACUUCCUGUCACGUUUUCCUAUCGUCAAUUUGCGAUUAGCUCAAGGAGGAGUUCGAUUGGCUGCAACUCUAAAUCGUAUUUUUGACAAUGACACGAAGUUGGCAAUGUCGAUGUAAUUUAGGUAAAUAACAAUAGUUCAAAUGAGAGAUUUAUGAUGCAAUUGAAGAUGAGAAAUAGUAAGAUGACCAUAAGCGACACUUUAAUAAAUAAUAAUUUCGAUCUUCUCCAUUUUAUUUUA